CUUCGCGUAACAUAGAUUUCAUUUGGUAAGAAGAUCUAGAACAUUCAACAGCCUUUCUUUGUUUGAAGAAUGAAGAACUUUUUACUUGUUUUGUGUCUACUCUGCUGUCACAUAAUCGUAAGCGAAUGUUCAUUACAAGAGGUUGCGGAGAGAUUCGAAAUACCUGUGGUACUGAUGAUUGAAUGUACUGACCGUGCAGGAAUAUCAGAGCCGGAGCUGCUCCAAUAUUUUAGUGAUUCUAAUAUAAGUUUCAAAGAUUGGCGUAGGACAGACUUUAUAGGAAAAGUCGGGUGUUUCCUGUUUUGCAUUCAUGAAAAAGAAGGUUUGAUGACAGGAACUAUUAUACAUAUCGAGAAAUUAAUAGGAGCCAUGUCCUCAAUAAUGGAUAUGAAUUCGGAAAAAGGUGUACGUAUGCAAAAAGCUAUGGAAGAAUGUGGAGAAAAUGUUAAAGGGAAACAGGACCCAUGCGAAGUCGCUCUGGUAUUUCGUGAGUGUGUACAUAGCAUCAUGAGAAGUUAAACGUGAAACAACUUUGUAUGAAUUGUGUUAAUAAAGUAUCAUACAGUUUCUAGUAAAUAAACAACAGACAUUUGA